CGUGCCGCCCGCGCUCCGGAAGCGCUCCCCGCCGCCGGCCCGCCCCGCUCCCUGACCCGGAGGCGCUCGGCCGCGCUGACGCUGCCUUGUCCCGGUCCCGCCGCCUUGUCCCGGUCCCGCCAUGGCUCCCAAGGGCGGCCCCGGCCGGCAGCAGUCCGAGGAGGAUCUGCUGCUGCAGGACUUCAGCCGCAACCUCUCGGCAAAGUCCUCCGCGCUCUUCUUCGGCAACGCCUUCAUCGUGUCCGCCAUCCCCAUCUGGCUUUACUGGAGAAUAUGGCACAUGGAUCUUGUUCAGUCUGCAGUCCUGUACAGCGUCAUGACCCUCAUCAGUACCUAUCUCGUGGCUUUUGCAUAUAAAAACGUCAAGUUUGUCCUCAAACACAAAGUAGCCCAGAAAAGGGAAGAUGCUGUGUCCAAGGAGGUGACUCGCAAGCUGUCCGAGGCUGACAACAGGAAGAUGUCCCGCAAGGAGAAGGAUGAAAGGAUUCUUUGGAAGAAAAAUGAAGUUGCAGACUAUGAAGCAACAACUUUCUCCAUCUUCUACAACAACACCCUCUUUCUGGUCCUGGUCAUCAUCGCUUCCUUUUUUGUGCUGAAGAACUUCAACCCCACUGUAAACUACAUCCUUUCUAUCAGUGCUUCCUCAGGGCUGAUUGCUCUGCUGUCCACAGGAUCCAAGUAGGCAGAAACCCCUCAGCAGUUCCUGUGAGAGGCUUCAGCUGCCAUGAAAAUGCCUAAGGGUGGAAUAGGAAUUUUUUUUUUUAGCAUGAGGAAAAUGUGGGGAGGGUUUGAAUCCAAACUGGUUGAAUUAUAUUGACUUUACAUGUAUUUGAUAUUGGAGUUACUCAGUUUUGUUGUUUUUUUUUACCCAGCCAGGAGAGGGAUGGGGUGUGAGCUGUGAGCAGACAUCACCUUUCUGCAGCUCCACCCUGGGGACAAUCCAUUUAUCCUUGUAACUUGAGAAGUUGGAAUAAAAAGGAGCUUUUUUUGCCAUUUGA